AUGGAGAUGGUGGGGAAGUGUGCUGACAAUGGAGAGGCAGAGAAGCCCCGCGACCGGACCCUAAUCAACCCUGGACCCCACCACAAGUGGCUGGUCUCCACUACUCCACCCAAAAGUGAACCCACACCCAUACAAACCUGCACUGGGAUAGCUGCCCACCCCCCAAGCCCACACACCUCCAAAACUGCAGGGCAUUUUCGUGCUCCUCCUUCCCCUCAAGCGUCUCCUCCACAGAUGCGCACUGUGGCCUGUCAGAAUUCACCAGACCUACGAAGCAGCCAAGUCUCUGACUUCAACAGGAGCCUGUGGGAAGGGCCACUUGGCGGCAGCGGAUGGAUACCAAGCCGCCCCUCUGUGAGCCGCACCACAGUCUGCCCGGUGCCUGCCCCCUCCCCUCCCCUCCACUCCCCCUCCUUUCUGCACGCCGGUGGCGGGGUGGGAGCGGGGGUGCCAAGGACUGCAGGCCUGGGGAGGCGGGCGAUAGCUGCGCAACACACAGCCGAGAAGGCUCUUGCGUGUUUCUCUUUCACAGCCUUUCCAUCCAUGAAGGUGAGAAAGGAGCUUCUGCUCUUAGGCGAACUGAGGUGGGCUCCCCUCCUGCCUCUGCCCGCUCCUCUUUCAGAGCGAGGCCCACCUAAACCACUGGCCCUAGGAAACCAACCCUGUCUGCGCCAACAGCCAUCCUUUCUGCCAUGCUGGUUGUUUCUCCAUUCCAGAUGGGAGCUCAUUUAUUUAGUCGUUGUGCGGUCCCCAAGGUCGCGCCCAAAGGCCUUCCUGUGUCAGGACAUGAGGGGAGUCUUACAGUCCUCUUUCUUUGCUACCCAAGGGCCAGGUGUCAGGCACCAGUGUGGAAAUGUGACCUGGACCGGAAGCUGCUUUUACCUCAGCCAUAGCCACCUGCCUAGGUUCCCCAGUCUUUCCCAGGUGAAGGAUUCCCUUUCUCAACUCGGAAUUCUGGCUAUUUUUGCAUCCUUUCCUGUACCCCCACAUGCUUCUACUCUUGAGCCCUUCUUUUCUCUGCUUGCCGCACGGGACAAAGCAAAAUUGAUGCGGUCGCUGCUGUCCAUUUAAAAACUCACUCAGAUGCUUACGUCGUCACGUUUGUCAGAAUAAUGUGCCUCCAAAGUUAUCCACAUACUAUCCUCUAGAACAUGAGAGCCUAUGUUACCUGGCAAAGGACAGUUAAGGCUGCAGAUGGAAUGAAGAUUGCUGAUCAGGUGCAUUUAACAUAAAAUUAUGCUGCGUUUUCCUUGCCAAUGUAAUUGCAAGGGUUCUGUAGAAUCUCUGUGUUGGAGGGAGGCCAAAGGUACAGUGAUGCAGCCUUAGAAAAACUAGAGAAGCUGUUGUUGGCUUUGAAGAUAGAGGGAAAUCUCUGAGCCAAGUAUGAUAGAAAAGACACAGGUUCUCCUCAAGAAAAUUGGGAAGGAAAGUAGCUCUGCCAACCAUUUGGUUUAUUGCUGUGAGAGCUUUCAGAUUGUUAAUCCGCAGUAAUAUAAGGUAAUAAAUGUUUGUUAUUUUGAG